AUGGCCUCCGUCUCCCCCGCGGCCGCCGCCGCCGCGGUCUCGGGCUCUCACCACGGCCGCCUCCUCCUCCCAUCGUCCCCGCGCCGCCUCCCCCGGCCCCGCCCGCGCCCUCGUCCGCGCCUCCGCCUCGCCGCCUGCCACGCCGACAUCCUCUUCCCCUCCUCAUCAUCGGAGGCCCGCGCACCGCCGGCCCCCGCGGUGGAGCCUUCCUCCGAAUCUGCCACCGACUGCUUCGUCGACUGGCUGCGCGCGCGCGGCCGUCCCCCGGGCAAAGUGGACAUCCGGGAGCGGCCAGUGCCCUGCUUGCGCGACGGCAAGGACCUGCCGCUGCGCUACGUCGCCGCCGGCGUCGACCUCCAGGCGGGGGAUGUGGCGUUCGAGGUGCCAAUGUCCCUAGUCGUCACGCUGGAGCGGGUGCUCGGGGACGAAUCAAUCGCUGAGUUGUUAACAAACAACAAGUUAUCUGAGCUGGCAUGCUUGGCAUUGUAUCUCAUGUAUGAGAAAAAGCAAGGAAAGGAUUCAUUUUGGUACCCCUACAUUAAGGAACUUGACCGACAUCGAGGAAGGGGGCAGCUAGCUGUUGAAUCACCACUUCUAUGGACUGAAAGUGAACUGGAUUACCUUACUGGAAGCCCCUUGAAGGAUGAAGUUGUUGCUAGAGAUGAGGCAAUAAGGAGAGAGUUUAAUGAGCUUGACACAUUGUGGUUUAUGGCAGGUUCACUAUUUCAGCAAUAUCCUUUUGACAUACCUACUGAGGCUUUUCCAUUUGAAAUAUUCAAGCAGGCUUUUGUUGCAGUACAGUCUUGUGUGGUUCAUUUGCAGAAAGUUAGUUUAGCUCGAAGGUUCGCGCUAGUUCCCUUGGGGCCGCCACUAUUGACUUACAAGAGCAACUGCAAAGCGAUGUUGACAGCUGAUGGUGAUUCUGUUCGAUUGGUGGUAGAUCGGCCAUAUAAAGCCGGAGAACCAAUAAUCAUCUGGUGUGGACCCCAAACAAAUUCCAGGCUUGUUCUGAAUUAUGGUUUUGUUGAUGAAGACAAUCCCUUUGAUCGCAUAGCAAUAGAGGCAUCUUUAAAUACAGAAGAUCCUCAAUACCAAGAAAAGAGAAUGGUUGCUCAGAGGAAUGGAAAGCUUGCUAUCCAAAAUUUUAAUGUCUAUGUAGGUAAAGAGAAACAAACUGUUGCAGAAAUGCUGUCUUAUUUGAGAUUAGGAUACAUAUCAGAUCCAGAUGAAAUGCAGUCUAUACUCUCUUCUGAAGGAGAUACAUGUCCACUUAGUCCAUGUACAGAGCGAGCUGUACUUGAUCAACUUGUUGGUUACCUGGAAUCUCGGUUGGCUGGUUAUCCAACAACUUUGGAUGAAGAUGAAGCUAUGUUGGCAGAUGGCAGUUUGGAACCAAAGAAGGAAGUUGCCACUAGGCUUGUAAGAUUGCAUGUUGUUUUCUUUUCCCAGAUGGUCAUACCAUUAAGAAUGUCAAAAUUUGAUCAAUGUGCAUCUCUAUAUGAAGACCAUAUAUGCUGCAAGGAAAUCGCAUCUCUGGCUGUUCAAGUUAAUAAGGAUAUCAUUGCUCUUCAGUGGGAUAUGUUGGUGUUGUAUUUGCAACCUCCAUUUGCUGAUAAUCAUGGGCUAGGAAUGCCAAUCAACAAUCAUGAUUCAUGUACAUAA